AUGGCUCUCUUCAAAUCAAGCUACUACGACAAAGAUUACCGUGCGGGGGCUGCCCUACUCCGUGCCCGUCGGCCAUACCUUGUCAAGAAUGGAUUGACGGGCGUUGCUCUAUUUGGCUUCUGCAUCGGUGUUUGUGCGUGUUUGUCCCAGCAUCUGUUUUGCCUCAACCGACCAUAG